CAGUCGUCAGUCCGUCAGUCGUCGUCAAACAGUCGGCCGCGCGUCACCGUCACCGUCACCGUUCAUCACCCGCUCCCGACCACACGAAUCUGCCACGUUUCCACCAGCGGAACGACUCUUUUUUUUUUUUUCCCUCCGAUUUUCCACAUCAUCAUUGUCAUCGUUACCAUUAUUGCCAUCAUUCCUCCUACUCGGCCGACAAUGAGGUGCAGCUGGUUAUGCGCGUUGGCCGCCGCGUGCGCCGCCGUGGCCCUGGCCCAGGCCGCCGAUCAACAGUCCGAGACGCUGGCCAACGGCCUGAAGAUCGAGUACGUGUACACGCUGGACGGAUGCGAGCCCAAGUCCAAGGCCAACGACAUGCUCACCAUGCACUACACCGGCAAACUGGUGGACGGCACCAAGUUCGAUUCCAGUCAUGACCGAGACCAGCCAUUCACUUUCCAAUUGGGAGUGGGACAAGUGAUUAAAGGUUGGGAUUUGGGACUAACCAAAAUGUGCGUUGGUGAGAAGAGAAGACUGACCAUACCAGCCAAUCUAGCUUAUGGCGACCGUGGAGCCGGAAAUGUCAUUCCCGGAGGAGCCACUUUAGUAUUCGACGUCGAGUUAUUGAAUGUUGGCGACCAGGCACCCACCACAAACGUAUUCAAGGAGAUCGACCAAGACCAAGACAAACAGCUGUCCAGAGACGAGGUGAGCGAAUACCUGAAAAAACAGAUGGCAGCGGCUGAAGGUGCAGAGGGCGGUGAUGACAUCAAGCAGAUGAUGUCCGACCACGAAAAGCUUGUCGAGGAGAUAUUCCAACACGAGGACAAGGACAAAAAUGGGUUCAUAUCGCACGACGAGUUCACCGGACCCAAGCACGAUGAACUUUGAUGAGGGACACAGUUAAUGUAUGUGUAUGGGGAUGGGGGGUGGAAAUGGUCAGGAGGAGCGGUUCGUGGAAUUACGCCGCACACAUUAUCAUAUGGUAUAUUAUAAUAUAUAAUAUAUAUGUAUACACAUUAUGAUAUCUGGAGAAAAGUGCUCGCUUAAUCGAGGUACUCCAACAUUAUUUUUCUUAUUAUAAU